GUGUCCAAGUCUGACGACGAAGUGGGAUCGGUGGUAUUUUCCAAUCGUCGAUCAGUGCGAAGUGCUCGUUGAUCGUUCAUUCAGGGCAGCCAAUUGGAGGAGCUUGCCGAACCGUCUGAUUUCGAGGGAUUUUCCUCUGUCGAGAUCCGAAGCAGUGCCGACAAUGUCCGCCUACAGCGAAGACCUCGUCGGAGAUUACCAAGAAGCCUUCAAUCUGUUUGACAGUCGAGGUGAUGGCAAAAUCAACGUGUCGCAGCUGGGGGAUGUCCUCCGAGCACUUGGUCAGAAUCCGACGGAAGCGGAUGUCGUGAAAUUCACCUCGCAGGCUAGCGGCGGCAACAGCAAGGAUAAGGACAAUGCCCGCAUCUCUUUCGAUGAAUUCCUGCCAAUUCUGGCCGCGAUCAGCAAAGCCCGUCCCUCAGACACCCCGGAAGAUUUCAUCGAAGGCCUGCGACAUUUCGACAAGGAUGGGAAUGGCUUCAUCAGUUCCGCAGAGCUCCGACAUCUGUUGACCACUCUCGGCGAGAAGCUCUCCGACGACGAGGUGGAACAACUUCUGAACGGCCAAGAGGAUCUGCACGGCAACGUCAAUUAUGAAGACUUCGUCAGGAUGGUGAUGAGCGGUUGAUCCACAAGCUGCGUGAUAAAGCUAUGGAACAUCAGAGCGCGCGACUAUUCGGAGAAUCAUUCCAUAAAUGCCAGAUCAUCAAUUGAUUGUUGUUGAUCUUGUUGACGACGUCUUUCUCCACCUACCCAGAGAUUCCCCCGAUGGCCAAUAAAUUCUUACUUAUUCUGCCUAAAUAGACAACA